CGCAGACUGAAUCCGUCCAACCUCGAGAAAGAAUACCAGCCGACAAACAUAACUGCAAUGGUGAGUUGAUCUGUUUACUGCGGGCCCAGACCCUGCAUGGAGACCCGAAAGUCAAGAUGCGGCCAACCAAAACUCGCCAACCGCCCUGUUUUGAGUCCGUCGAUAACUCCCGCUCUUGAACAACACACCACAACAACGGCCAUCCCACUCUCCUCCACCACCUCUCACCCUGAAAAACAGCCCAUACAAAGCGCAUCAUCGCAUACAGAUCAAGACUAAGACAAUGGAUCAGGCCAACACAACAAACUACAAGGAGGCUUUCGCUCUCUUCGACAAGCGCGGUAACGGCCGUGUUCAGAUCGAGUCUCUGGGCGACCUCCUGCGCGCAUGCGGCCAGAACCCCACCCUCGCUGAGAUCAGUGACCUCGAGAAGAGCAUUGGCGGAGACUUCGACUUCGACUCAUUCUCAAAAGUCCUCAACCGCGCUGGUGGUUUCCGCGAUCCUGGAGAGCCUGAGGAGUACUGCCGCGGUUUCCAAGUCUUUGACAAGGAGAUGACUGGCUUCAUCGGUGUCGGUCAGCUCAGAUACAUUCUGACCAACUUGGGCGAGAAGAUGAGCGACGACGAGGUCGACGAGCUCCUCAAGGCCGUCGACACCAGCAGCGGCGAGAUCAACUACGUUGACCUUGUCAAGACCGUCCUCGCAAACUAAGCACCUUUCUCUCCUCUAUACCCACCCUUUUUCUUUUUCGAAACAAAACACAAUCUUGGGCGCUCUGGCACGGGAUAUGAAGCAUGGCAGGCGUUUUUUCUCCUUUACUCUGUUUAAUUCUGGAACGAGAAUGAAUUACAUCGCGAU